CUGCAGCCCUAUUGGCCGCUUCUGACUCAUUUAACUGCUGUCAGUGCGCAUCACAUGACCGCCGCUUCAAGCAACUUCUGCAACUCCAACAAGGAAAGUGGCUCAAACGCGCAUUCUGUCACGUUUGGAUAAGAAGAGACUCCAAGACCGAAGCCUGAGUGAAAUACUGCAUGGAGAAUAUUUUUUUAUAAAUGUAUUUAUGCCUUCUUGGAUUAAUUUGCAUCUGCAGUUUGUUUCAUUGAGGGGUACGAAUAAUAAUUUUGUGACUCAGUCAUCCUCGGCGCACCCAGCAUCAACUUGUGCGCGCCCGACCCGAUCAUAAAAACAGACUUUUUUUUCUCUGCUGUUGGUGAACUUUAAAUCCAGGGUGAAUGUAUAGCAUGAUGAUGGAGACUGACCUUCAUUCCCCCGGUCCCCAAACGAACACGAGUACGGGGCCAACGGGGCCGAACGGGGGCUCCAAAGCCAACCAAGAACGCGUGAAGAGACCCAUGAACGCGUUCAUGGUGUGGUCCCGGGGCCAGCGGAGGAAGAUGGCACAGGAGAACCCCAAGAUGCACAACUCGGAGAUCAGCAAGCGCCUCGGUGCUGAGUGGAAAGUGAUGUCCGAGGCGGAGAAGCGUCCCUUCAUCGAUGAGGCGAAGCGGCUGCGUGCCAUGCACAUGAAGGAGCAUCCGGAUUACAAGUACCGGCCGCGGCGAAAGACGAAGACCCUGUUAAAGAAGGACAAAUACUCACUGGCCGGCGGGCUGCUUUCCGGGCCCAGCGGUGGCGGUGGAGUCGGUUUAAGCGUCGGUAUGAACUCAUCCGGGGUCGGACAGAGGUUAGAGAGCCCAGGGGGUCACGGAGGAUCCGCCGGUUCCGGUUACGCGCACAUGAACGGCUGGGCAAACAGUGCGUACUCGGGACAGGUCGCCGCAGCAGCCGCGGCCGCUGCGAUGAUGCAGGAAGCGCAGCUCGCCUACAGCCAGCACCCUGGCAGCGGGGCGCACCACCAUCACCACUCACACCACCACCACUCCCACAACCCGCAGCCCAUGCACCGCUACGACAUGACUGCCCUGCAGUACAGCCCCAUCUCGAACUCUCAGAGCUACAUGAAUGCCUCCCCGUCCAGCUAUGGCGGGAUCACCUACACGCAGCACCAGGGCUCCGCCGUCUCCUCCUCGGCUGCCAUGGGGACACUGGGAUCGCUGGUUAAGUCGGAACCGAGCGUGAGAGGAACCACCCAGAUGUCCAGAUUGUGCCACUACAACAACGGCUUCCACGCCUCACAUGACCAACCCAGAAAAGAAGAACCACUGCUGAAUCUGUCAACCCCACAGACAGAGUGGGCUGAGAACUGAUGAAAGCCAAAGCAGAGGGUCACCUUGGUUUCAACAAACUAAACAGCUGUUUGACCCAAGUCCAGCUAUGUGACCGUUACCAGUGAAUUUGGAUCGUCCAGUGGAGAUGAUGAUUUACAGAUAGCCCCUUGUCUCUUCUCUUUACUGGCCAUCAUUACAUCCAGCACUGGGAGAAAAGGCACUGCAAGCAAGAAAAAAAAAAGGACCUCAAAGGAAAUGUGAAAAAGCUAAAGUUUGCUUUACCAUGUGAUUAUAAAGCCCUUCAAACUCCUCAGUGACAUGAUCCCUGCAUCCGAUUGCCUUUGUUUGGUGUUAAAAUGAUUUUAGGGCAUCAGGAAUAUGCACAGACAAACCGUGCCUUGCAUAAGUAUUGAUACCCUUUGCAUAGUUGUAAAGCAGAUGUGAAAGGAUCAUUUGGCUUUUAAGUAGUUUUUCUAGUUUAGACACAUGUUGCAUGCAUUUAUCCAUUCCAUUUAGUCAGACAUGUAUCCUCUAUAAAAUCCAGUGUAAAAAGUGUGUCACCAACCUGCUUAUGUAGAUAUAUUUUACUACAGUGUAAUGUGAUCUUAACAAAAAAAAAUGCUGUUUGGUAAAGGCCCUGGAGGGACUAACAGCUCCAUAUAGAAAUAUGCUGCAGGCAUCCAGGGGAAAAGUGCUUUGAAAUAGAAAAAUUGUGGCACAAGUGUGAUUCUACCAAGAACUUGUCUGACCUGAACUAGUACACUAUGUCAGGAGCUGUUCAUCUCUAAAGGAGAUGGAGUGGAUUGAAUCUAUAACUUUUAUCGCUAAACACAUAAAGUAAAUCCAGAUUAUAGGAUUAAAUUCAGAAUUCACAAAAUUCAGUGAUAAUUUUUUUUUUUUGUAAGCCAGUGGCGUUCUUCUGUACAUAUUUUUCCGUGUUAAUGGAAUUCAAAAGGCAAACCCCAAGAGACGAGCAUCAUGCCUUGGGGAAGGUUUUUUUUCAGUUGGGACAAUGAACUUGCCAGAGUCAAAGGGAAGAUAAAUACAGUCAAAUACUAACGGAACACCUUUUGGAGGGUGCAAAAGGACCUGAACUAAAACAGAGCUUUACCUUAUAGCAGAUCGAUGGCAAAGCUAUCUAAAAGCUUUAACUGAAUAGUUCAGAUCAAAGUAUAUCUUUAUUCACAGCCACAGUAAGGAAAUUUAAUCUUCCAAGAUGCUCUGCAGUCUUACAGAUCAUGGUUCUUUUUUGUAAAGAAGAAUGGGGAAGAAAUGCCAAGAUGUGCAAAGUUUUGAAGACCUCCUAUGAAGGAAUUGAAACAAAUGCAGGAACAGUUGGAUUUUCAUACCUAUAUAUGUUAAAAUCAAAUACAAAACAAAAAAUAAUUCCUUCCACUUCACUAUCACCCUGUUUUUUUGUUGAGCUGUUAAAUAAAUCUGGUUACAAAACACUCGCAGUAGUAUUUCUCAAGGGACAGAGCUAAAGGAAAUUCAUUGGUUGGGAAUACUUUUGCAAGGCUCUAUACACACAAAAAUUGGAUUACCUACAACAGCUCUCUUUCUCUUGACAACAGCCUCACCGUCUUAAUACUCUUAUAACAUAAGCUGGCAUGUUUGCCAAGAAUCUGCUGAAUUGUCCGAUUAGCAGAAUUUGCCUCAAACUUUUCCAAAAUAUUCCUAAUUGCUCAGUAGCCAGAGAAAGUGUAACUUAAACAGAGUUAUCGUUUGUUAAAGGGAAUCAAUCAAAGCUUUAUUAUUUGUUUUUUCUUUGACCAUGACCUUCAGUUGCUUUGGGAAAGAUGAAGAAUUUUUAAUUUGAAAACAAACCUCUUGAUGGCCUAGAUUUCAUUGGGACUAAAGACAGAAAAUAUUGUUUGUCAUCAAGGUGACUAGUUAUGUUCUUAUUAACAUCUUUGUUGUGUGUGUGUGUGAGUGUGCAUGUAAUAGAUUUUGGUUUGAACCUAGUGCAAGUUCUUUUUUUUUUUUUUUUUUUUGCAGCUGUUUACAUGAUUUGUUUUAAGUAGAAAAAAGGGCACAAAUGAAAUAGACUGUCAAACUCCUCUUCCUGCCUCCAAAUAAUAAUAAAAAAAUGUGCCUUUGAAUUCAGAAGUAAAUUAACACCUCAAAGUUAAAAGUUGCAGAAUAAACUUUCAGCGUUUUAAAAUAUGUAUUAAUUCCAAGGCCUAAAUGUGCCCUCAAUUAUUUUACCAUAGCCCCUUAAGUAAUUGAUUUUGGGCAGAGAAAAGCAGGAGGUGGAGGGGUGAUCUGUGUUGUUAUGAAAAAGACUACAAAACUAAUAAAUGGAAAAAUAACUGAAAUCGUAAUUCCU